GGCGCGCCGUGCGGGCGGCGCCGAGGCGCGGGCGCGGCGGGAUGGCCGGGCCCAACGGGGACCCGCACGUGGCGGGCAGCGGCCCCGACGACGAGGACGGGGACGGCGGGGACUCCUUCGGGGAGGAAGAAUAUGCAGCAAUAAACUCCAUGCUGGACCAGAUCAACUCCUGCUUGGAUCACCUGGAGGAGAAGAAUGAUUAUCUGCACACCUGCCUGAAGGAGCUGCUGGAGUCCAACCGCCAGGCCCGGCUGGAGUUCCAGCAGCAGAACGAGCAGCUGAACAUGGGAGCUGAUGGACAGGGCCCCCAGCCUUCUGCCUAGUAGUGUCUGACCACAGGCUCUCAGCUGGGCUUGCUGAGGGACUUUUACUGCUCACCAGUUUAAUGUAAAACUUGAAUAGAAGAGGUGCCUCGUGCCUGUUACUUGUUCCUUCCCGUGGUUGUGUCCUGCCCUUCACCUCCAUGUUCUGUUUUCCUUUAGCUGUGAGAGGUGCAAAGCACAUGGGUGGCUGUAGAGCUGGUUCUUUCUGCUCCCUGGCACUCACACCUGGUUAAAGCUGGUUGCCAUGCAGGUAGUUCACAAGCAGGCCCUCUUCACAAAGAGGAGAAGUGAUCUUUGCUCUCUUGUACUGUUAAAUCCCAGCAAGGAGUGUUAUGGCUUUUGCCUCUUCCCUCAGAGAAAGCACAGUAGGCAGGGGCUGUCCUGACUCCAGGCUUGUCCCAAAUGUAACUCUGGUGACAGCUUUGGGGAGGGAGGCCCUAGGCCAGCUCCUGCCUUGAAACCACAACUUGUCCCUCAGUCACAUUAACUCUGAUGGACCAAAUACUGGCACAUGGUCCCAAACCAGUGGAUGCUUCCAUUCCCUGCCAAGCAGAUAAGCCCACCUACCAGGGGGAUGUUUUUGCUGUUAUAACUGAGAGCUGCCCCGCUUCUCCAGCUGUUCCAGACUCCAGCGUGGAGAGAGGCAGAGCAACCUGGUUAGUCCCCACCACAGCAGCAGCUCCAGAGAGCAGAGACAGGGGCCUGCCUGCUCUGGGAUGUGAGCAGAGCCCUCCCUGGACAUUCUGACAAGGCAUGAGCUGUCUGGUCUAACUUGUGAUCUUGUCAGGAUGGCCUGGGGCCAGCACUUUGAAGCAAGUCUUACUGUUCUACUUCUGUAAUGUUAAAGGAGUUUUUUUUUUUGAAAGUUAAAGAGGUUAUUUAUAAGAAAUCUGUUUUAUUAAAAUCAGUUUGAAACAAAAUUUGUUCCUGAGAGUCUCCACUAUGAGAACAGACUAGUUAGGCCUUGUAGUACUAAGAAAGGACCAAGGUGCACAUUCUUGCCUAGCUUAGGACGCAGUGCUUGUCCAAGAGUGUGUCUUUGAAAGGAAAGUGUUCUGAGAAGCAAAGCUGAACAUAACAGCCUCCCAAGAGAGAAACUUCUCUGCCUGGAAAGGAAAUGACAGGGACUACAAAGAAUUCUUAAGUCUGAAUCCAUCUACUCCAUGAACUUUGCCCCCUAUGGAAAUCCCAUUACCAUCUUCCUUCAGGUUCAACAGUCCAAGCCUCAGUCCUUCCACAGAAUUAAAUGCUGUAUCCCAACUGUACAAGUAAUAACCAACACCAUCCUGUAUUAGACACGCUAAAGCCAGGCUUAUUUAUUCUUAAAAUAAAAACAGCAGUAAAGUUGAA